UUGCAAUGCUGCGCAGGCUGGCCUGGCUGCUCCUCUACAGCCUCUUCGUGCUGCUGCUCAGCAGCCUGCUCUUCCUGCGGAAGGAGGCCAAGCCAGCGGGGGACACCACAGCCCACCAGCCUUUCUGGGCUCCUCCAGGGCCCCGCCAGAGCCAGUGUCCACCUAACCGCACAGUGGCUAAUGCCUCCCUGUCUCUGCCUAGCCGUCACCGCCUCUUCUUGACCUAUCGCCACUGCCGAAACUUCUCCAUCUUGCUAGAGCCUUCCAGCUGCUCCAAGGACACCUUCCUGCUCCUGGCCAUCAAGUCACAGCCUGGUCAUGUGGAGCGACGAGCGGCUAUCCGUAGCACAUGGGGCCGGGUUGGGGGCUGGGCCAGGGGCUGGGGGCUAAAGCUGAUAUUCCUAUUAGGGGUGGCCAGAGCCACACCCCCUGCCCAGCUACUGGCCUAUGAGAGUGCCGAGUUUGAUGACAUCCUGCAGUGGGACUUUGCUGAGGAUUUCUUCAACCUGACACUCAAAGAGCUGCACCUGCAGCGCUGGGUAGCAGCUGCCUGCCCCCAGGCCAACUUCAUGCUAAAGGGAGAUGAUGACGUCUUUGUCCAUGUUCCCAAUGUGCUGGAGUUCCUGGAUGGCCGGGACCCAGCCCAGGAUCUCCUGGUAGGAGAUGUCAUCCGCCAGGCCCUGCCCAACAGGAACACCAAAGUCAAAUACUUCAUCCCGCCCUCCAUGUACAGAGCCCAUCACUACCCACCCUAUGCUGGGGGUGGAGGGUAUGUCAUGUCCAGAGCCACUGUGCAGCGCCUUCAAGCAGUGGUAGAAGAGACAGAACUCUUCCCCAUUGAUGACGUCUUUGUGGGUAUGUGCCUGAGAAAGCUGGGGGUGAGCCCCACACACCAUGCUGGCUUCAAGACAUUUGGAAUACAACAACCCCUGGACCCCCUGGACCCUUGCCUAUACCGGGGGCUUCUGCUGGUGCACCGCCUCAGCCCCCUGGAGAUGUGGACCAUGUGGGCAUUGGUGACAGAUGAGGGGCUCAAGUGUGCAGCUGCCCCUAGACCCCAACUCCGAGGGGUAGGUUGACCAACAGCCCAAGAGGACUUAUGUUAAUUUAUCAUGAUGAA